AUGUCUUCUACCAGAAAGAGCACCAAGAGAGCAUGCCCGGAGCCGCCGCUUCAAUCGCUCAAGAAGCAAACACCGAACGAAAAACUCCACGAUGAUUUGUAUCUCGAUGUUUCCAGCGAUCUCAAAGGAAUCAUGUUGGUGUUGCAGAAAAUCCGAGAGAAAGCGCACGAGGAAGGCCGUAAGAAGAUGGAAGAGAGCAUCUCCAGUUACAAAGUGUUGGACGAAAUUUCUGAGAGAAGUGACAAUGAAGAAGCCAAACGUCUUGUUGCUUUCGGUUUGUCUGGAGAGCCACCAUGGUGGAAGAACAACUUUUUUGGUGUCGUUCCUCAAGAGAGACCCUCUGUAAUACCUUUAAAGUCUUCUUCGUCUUUGUAA